GCCAUCGGGAGAACCCCGCCAGUCACCGUGCGCCCGUGUUUUCCCCCUGCCUCACACCCGCCUGGGCCUGCUCCCGGGUCUUUCUCUCCCAGUACCGUACCAUUGCAGGAGCUCCCGGGAGAACCUGGGGUUUGGGGUCUGGGGAGCCUUGGGUGAGGACAUAUCGGUAUGGAUGGCAGAACAGAAAAUAUCAUACGAUAAGAAGAAACAAGAAGAAUUAAUGCAACAGUAUCUUAAAGAGCAGGAAUCCUAUGAUAAUAGAUUGCUUAUGGGUGAUGAGCGUGUGAAGAAUGGUCUUAAUUUCAUGUAUGAGGCCCCACCUGGAGCAAAGAAAGGUAUUCUGCAAGAAGGAGAGACUGAAUACAAAUUUGAAUGGCAAAAGGUCGCCCCUCGAGAAAAAUACGCUAAGGAUGAUAUGAAUAUCAGAGAUCAGCCCUUUGGUAUCCAGGUGCGGAAUGUGAGAUGUAUUAAAUGCCAUAAGUGGGGUCAUGUAAACACUGAUCGAGAAUGUCCCUUAUUUGGCCUUUCUGGAAUUAAUGCAAGUUCAGUCUCCAGCGAUGGUUCAGGGCCAUCAAUGCACCCCUCGGAGCUAAUAGCGGAGAUGAGAAACAGUGGGUUUGCACUGAAACAAAAUGUACUGGGGAGAAACUUGACCGCAAAUGAUCCAUCACAGGAAUUUGUUGCAAGUGAAGGAGACGAUGAUCCAGAAGUUGAAUUUUUAAAAUCACUGUCAACCAAACAAAAACAGAAGCUUCUAAGGUAA